AUGGCUGCGACGCAAGAUGCACCCCUGGAGAAAUUCCUUGAGCCUAUUCAAAUCGACUUCGAGACUUGCCAUGCUUUGACCACCGGCUUCUAUGACUGCUUCAAGGCGCUGGCGGCUAAUCCCACCGACCAGUUCCUCCCAACGCCCAUAUCUGAUGCCAUCCUGCGGCCUAUUGCCGACACUGCUUGUGAAAGAAAUCUCGCCAUUGACAUUGGCGGAACUAAUCUCAGAGUAGGCUUCAUCGAGCUUCUUGGAAAGCAUGGCGAGACCAAGACGAAUGGCGCCAAUGGCAUCAACGGAAUCAAUGGAACCAACGGGAGUGCCCAUACAAAUGGCACGAAUGCGCCGCCACCCCGCAUUCGACGCCUUUUUGAAAAGUCAUGGCCUAUUGAUGACCAACUUAAAAACGACAACGCAGAUGCCCUCUUUCUCUGGAUAGGCAAGCAUAUCGCCGAGGUUGUCGGCGAGGCGUACGACGAGCUUGGUUUAUCGAACAGCGAGCUACUUCCCAUGGGUGUGACUUUUAGCUUCCCGUCUCAGCAGCAUUCUCUCGCUGAAGCGACUGUCACAUCCAUGGGAAAGGGCUUCACCAUUGCUCCCAACACCGAUCUUGGAGCCAGCCUUGAAAGGGGAUACGCUGAAUCUAAGCCGGCUCAACUGCCUGAUAUCAAAGUGACAGCCAUUUCAAAUGACUCUGUGUCAACUCUCGUCUCGUUUAUUUACAACUUUGGCGGAGCCGCACACCAACGCGCUAGCAUGGGCUUGAUUUUAGGAACCGGCUCCAAUGCGACAGUGCCACUGAGACUGAGUCUAUUACACCGAAGCAAAUGGCCCAGAAAUAUUAAUGUCCUAGAUGGCGAGAGCCUCAGCGAUGCCAAGAUCGCCGUCAACACGGAGUGGAGUAUCAACGGUACGGCGCCCCCAAUGCGGAAACUCGGUCUCAUUACAUUUUGGGACGACCAGCUCUCCACACAGACCGAGAUUCCUGGCUUUCAGCCGCUGGAGUACAUGUCGUCCGGGCGGUAUCUGGGUGAGCUCGGACGCAUCAUGUUGGUGGAUUACAUGGUCAACACGUUGUGCAUUGCCCGAAAGACGCUGCCUUUCGCCUUGCUACAACGACAUGGGCUCUCGACGACAUUUCUGAGCCAUUUCAAGCCUCUUGAACAUGGCAAGCUUCUCGCAAGCCUUCGUGCUGAGCUGCCCGAAUCAACAGGAAAAGACGGCUUCCUCUGGACGAAACACCUCGCGGAGGCGCUUUACAGAAUCGCCAAGGCAAUCGAGGUUCGCGCUGCUGGUAUCAUUGCCGCGGGAACGCUGGCACUCUUGAUGCUCUCCGAAGAGCUGCCAGCCAAUGCGACAGAGGUGGCGGCGACGCCAAGGGAGCUCGGCGUGGGAUACACGGGCGGCUGCAUCGUGCACUUUCAGGAUUACCUACAGGAUUGUCAGCACUUCAUCGAUGAGCUUGUUCAGAAGCGUUUUGACAUGACAGAGGGGCUCCGGAUCGUUUUGAGCCCCUGCCACGACGGUGGCAUCACCGGGGCCGGCAUCUUGGUGUCUGCGGCGUCGGUCAGCACAACGACGGAGGCGGCGUAG